AUGUACCGACGAGUUGAAAAUCGAGACGAUGCUAUGAAAAAUUUCUACACAAUCAUUGAACAGCUUGGUGAAGGGACUUUCGGAAAAGUCUGAAGAGCUGUAAAUAAAUCAACUGGUGAGGAGUUUGCUAUUAAGUCUAUUGAUAAAUCCAAGCUUGGCCAAGAUGAAAUUACAAAUCUGCAGCUUGAAAUUGACAUAAUCUCUCAAGUGGACCACCCAAAUAUUGUUCGCACUUACGAAGUCUUUGACGAGCCUAGAUAUUUGAAUUUUGUCAUGGAAAUUAUGAGCGGUGGCGAACUAUUCGAAAAAAUCGUUGAAAAAGAUCAUUACAGCGAAAAAGAAGCUGCAGAUACCAUUCGUCCAGUUGUAGAAGCAAUUAAAUACUGCCACGAUAUGGGAAUUGUUCAUAGAGAUUUAAAACCAGAAAAUCUCUUGCUUUCAUCAGCAGAUGAAGGUGGAAUCUUAAAAAUCACAGAUUUUGGCUUGGCACGAUUUUACGAUGACGAUUUAAUGACGACUGCUUGCGGAACCCCUGGCUAUGUUGCCCCAGAAAUAAUUGAAGCCCGAGGUUAUGGUCUAGAAGUCGACUAUUGGAGCGUGGGGGUCAUUUUGUAUAUAAUGCUGUGUGGAUUUCCCCCUUUUUUUGAAGAUAAUAAUGAGAAGUUGUUUGACAUGAUUAAAAGAGGACAAUAUGAAUUCACAUCGCCUUAUUGGGAUGAUAUUUCUAGCAUGGCAAAAGAUUUAAUUUCAAACUUGCUACAAGUUAAUCCUAGACAACGAUUUAAUGCAGAAGAAGUUUUAAGACAUCCAUGGAUGACUGGAGAAAACACACCUCGCACGAAUAUGCCUGAGGUUAGUAUGAAGAUAAGAGAAUUUAAUACAAGGAGAAGAUUCAGAAAAGUUGGAAAUGCAGCGGUUGCAUCAGUGAAACUAAUUCAUAUUGCUCAUGAGAAGCAUCGAGAAGAGUAUGCAAAUUAUUAA